UCUCGGUCUCUGUGUCUGGCAGCUAAGUUCGGAGCUAACGCCAUCCUGGGUGUGUCUCUGGCCGUCUGUAAGGCCGGCGCCGCGGAGAAGGGCGUCCCUCUUUACCGCCACAUCGCCGACCUGGCCGGACACAAAGACGUUAUACUUCCUGUCCCUGCCUUCAACGUCAUCAACGGAGGAAGUCACGCCGGAAACAAGCUCGCCAUGCAGGAGUUCAUGAUCCUCCCCGUCGGCGCCGCCAACUUCCACGAGGCCAUGAGGAUCGGAGCCGAGGUGUAUCACAACCUGAAGAACGUCAUUAAAGCCAAAUAUGGCAAAGACGCCACCAACGUGGGAGACGAGGGCGGCUUCGCCCCCAACAUCCUGGAGAACAACGAGGCUCUGGAGCUGCUGAAGUCCGCCAUCGAGAAGGCCGGUUACCCCGAUAAGAUCAUCAUCGGGAUGGACGUGGCGGCGUCCGAGUUCUUCCGCAGCGGGAAGUACGACCUGGACUUCAAGUCCCCCGACGACCCGUCCCGCCACAUCAGCGGCGAGAAGCUGGGCGACCUGUACCGCAGCUUCAUCAAGAACUACCCCGUCCAGUCCAUCGAAGAUCCCUUCGACCAGGACGACUGGGAGAACUGGUCCAAGUUCACCGCCUCCACAGACAUCCAGAUCGUAGGAGACGACCUGACAGUGACCAAUCCCAAGAGGAUCCAGCAGGCUGUGGACAAAAAGGCCUGCAACUGUCUCCUGCUCAAAGUCAACCAGAUCGGCUCCGUCACCGAGUCCAUCCAGGCGUGUAAGCUGGCUCAGAGCAGUGGUUGGGGUGUGAUGGUCAGCCAUCGCUCCGGAGAGACUGAGGACACCUUCAUCUCUGACCUGGUGGUCGGACUCUGCACUGGACAGGUAGACACAA